ACUUAUAAAGAACAUUUGGAGGGUCAGAAGCAUAAAAAGAAGGAAGCAGCAUUGAAAGUAUCGCAGAACACCACCAGUAACAGUGCUUCUUCCCGUGGGACUCAGAACCAGUUGCGUUGUGAGCUCUGUGAUGUGUCCUGCACAGGAGCUGAUGCUUAUGCUGCUCAUAUUCGUGGAGCUAAACACCAAAAAGUGGUUAAGCUGCAUACUAAACUUGGCAAACCCAUUCCUUCAACUGAACCAAAUGUUGUCACCCAGGCUACAUCAGCAACAUCGUCUUCUAAGCCAGCAUCUGUAUCUUCAAAUAUCGCAACUAGCAGCAACACUGUGAAUUCUUCUGUAACAUCUUUGGCAGUGAAAAUUCUUACUCCUUCUGCCAAUGUACUACUUAGUACAACAUCAAACAGCAAAUCUACAAUUGUUCCAACUAACAUUGCUGUAAAAAAGAUAUCUACACCCAAAAUUAACUUUGUUGGUGGCAAUAAAUUACAGACAACAGGAAGCAAAGCGGAUGAAAUGAAAGCUGUAGAAAAUAUCAAGACUACCCCUAUUGCCACAGUACAAAUGCAGGAAACUAAACCAGAUCCCUCUGCUGAACCUGUAACUUCUACAGCUCUUGCUGCUUUGCAAAGUGAGGUCCAACCUGUUGGUCAUGACUAUGUAGAAGAGGUUCGGAAUGAUGAGGGAAAAGUGAUUCGUUUCCACUGCAAGCUUUGUGAAUGUAGCUUUAAUGAUCCUAAUGCUAAAGAGAUGCAUUUAAAAGGAAGGCGUCAUCGGUUACAAUAUAAGAAAAAAGUAAAUCCAGACUUACAAGUAGAAGUGAAACCUAGCAUCCGGGCAAGAAAGAUUCAAGAAGAAAAGAUGAGAAAGCAAAUGCAGAAAGAAGAAUAUUGGAGAAGGCGUGAAGAAGAAGAACGAUGGCGAAUGGAAAUGAGACGCUAUGAGGAAGACAUGUACUGGAGGAGGAUGGAAGAUGAGCAGCAUCACUGGGACGAUCGUCGUAGAAUACCUGAUGGAGGAUAUCCUCAUGGUCCUCCAGGCCCUCUUGGACUACUUGGUGUUAGACCAGGAAUGCCACCACAGCCACAGGGACCAGCUCCAUUACGUCGACCUGACUCCUCUGAUGACCGUUACGUGAUGACCAAACAUGCAGCUAUCUAUCCAACUGAGGAGGAACUCCAGGCAGUCCAAAAGAUAGUUUCUAUCACUGAACGUGCUUUGAAACUUGUAUCAGAUAACAUGACUGAUACUGAGAAAAACAAGACAAAGGAAGGAGAUGAUAAAAAAGAAGGCAAUAAAGACAGAGCUUUGAAAGGGGUCCUGCGAGUAGGAGUAUUGGCUAAAGGUUUGCUUCUUCGGGGGGACCGAAAUGUCAACCUUGUCUUGCUCUGCGCUGAGAAACCAACUAAAAGUUUAUUGAGUCGCAUUGGUGAAAGUCUACCGAAACAACUUGCCGUAAUCAGCCCUGAGAAAUAUGAAAUAAAAUGUGCUGUACAAGAAGCAGCAAUCAUUUUGAAUUCAUGCGUGGAACCAAAAAUGCAAGUGACGAUAACUUUGACAUCACCAGUGAUUCGGGAAGAGAACAUGAGGGAUGGAGAUGUAACUUCGGGUAUGGUGAAAGACCCACCGGACGUCUUGGACAGGCAAAAAUGCCUUGACGCUCUGGCUGCUCUACGCCACGCUAAGUGGUUCCAGGCUAGAGCUAAUGGUCUGCAGUCCUGUGUCAUUAUCAUACGUAUUCUUCGUGACCUCUGUCAGCGAGUGCCAACUUGGUCUGACUUUCCAAGCUGGGCAAUGGAAUUAUUAGUAGAAAAGGCAAUUAGCAGUGCUACUGGACCACAAAGCCCUGGAGAUGCAUUGAGAAGAGUAUUUGAGUGUAUAUCUUCAGGAAUUAUUCUAAAAGGUGGUCCUGGACUUCUUGAUCCUUGUGAAAAAGAUCCUUUUGAUACCCUGGCUUUAAUGACAGAUCAACAAAGAGAAGACAUUACUUCAAGUGCACAGUUUGCACUGAGACUUCUUGCAUUCCGUCAGAUCCACAAAGUUCUAGGAAUGGAUCCUUUGCCCCAGAUGAACCAGCGUUUCAAUAUUCACAGCAAUCGAAAAAGGAGAAGGGACAGUGAUGGAUUGAUGGAUUUGAAGCUGAGGGGAAAAAAGACAAGAAAGACUAUGAUAACUUUUAAGGAAGACAUUUGUGUGUGCAUUGUUAACACAACAAAGUGAAAACGGAAGCCAUUUGUUGUAAAAAUAAUUCUUAAUAUCUGUUCAAGUACAACCCCCCCCCCCCAAAGGU